UGACGCUCUCUCAUCCCAAACCACCCAUCUUUAUUUUCUUACUUUUGUUUCUCACAUCCCAAAUUAUAAGUCGGUUUCAGUGUUGAAUAUGUCAAAAUCGGAAUUCAUUCGGUGUAAAGAGUGCCUUACCCACCAACUGUCUAUGUUAAAACCGAAAUUCUCUGUUCGGUGCAAAAACUGCCUCCAACACCGACCGACCCGAACCGAUUACGCCCCUAGAACUUCAUCUGAUGAAGAACAAGUUGAAGCAGCAGCUAAAAUUGUAUUUUUACCAUCUCAUCUGGAUGAUCCACCGGCUGUUUUAUCUUCUAAUAAAGAAGAAGAAGAAACUAUCUCUGAAGAAGAAGAAGCAGGAGGAGGAGGAGCAGAAGAAGAAGAAGAAGAAGAAGAAGAAGAAGAAAGUUCAUCUGAAGAAGAUGAAGCUGAAGCAGCAGCUAAAAUUGAAUCUUUACCAUUUACUCCACCAGUGAAACCCCAUCAAGAAGAAGAAGAAGCAGAAGAAGCAGGAGAAGAAGAAGAAGAAGAAGGAGAAGGAGAACAAAGUUUAUCUGAAGAAGACGAAGCUGAAGCGGCAGCUAAAAUUGAAUCUUUACCAUCCACUCCACCAGUGAAACCCCAUUCUUCAUCAUACGGGUCAGAAACCAAAGCCACACAAGCCAGAUCCACGAAGAAGAAGAAGCGUCCAAACUGUGAAAUUGAAACGACGCCGCCGAAGCGGGUCAAGCAGAAAGACCCUGACCCGGAGCCAAAAUCCCAAGGCGGUGGGGGAGAGAAGAAGCUUUUCCAGAGGCUGUGGAGCAACGAAUACGAAAUGGAACUGUUGACGGCAAUGUUGGAUUACAAAAAUGUACACGACUCGGAUCCCGGCGCAGAUGCCGCUGCGUUUUACGAUUUCGUCAAGAAUAGUCUACAAAUUACAGUGACUAAGGCCCAACUGAUAGAUAAGAUGAAGAGGUUAAGGAAGAAGUACCGUAAUAAUGCUGGGCGAGGAAAGAAAGGUAAAGACCCAACCUUUUCGAAACCCCAUGAACGAAACACAUAUGAAUUGUCGAAGAAAAUUUGGGGCUGCGCUGCCGCUGAUGGGGCUUCGGGGAGAUGUUUGAAUGGGAUGUUAAGCUUUAAUAAGAAUGUGGUGCUGGACGAAAGUUUAAUAAAGAGUGGACUCGAAUUGAUUGGUCAACAGAAGAGGCAGGAAUUGGAGGAGAGGUGGAAGAGGCUGGAGUUGGCUAAGUUGCAAAUGUUGGCCGCUCACGCCGAGUUGUUUAGGGACCAGGCCAACUUGAUACCUGAGGCAUUCAAGGGCCAUUGAGAGCCAUAUAAUGAGGAAAGUAAGAAAGAAAGGGAAAGAGUGAAAGAAAUGGCUGCCUUCAAGGAUUGCCAGAACCUACAAAAUACAAAGACUCAUGAAACUUGCCUAGAAGGUGACUACCAUGUGACUUUGGAAGCAGAGUUAGAGAACUUCCUUGUGCCU